AUGGCUACGUCCCACGAAGAAUAUGAUGUCUUGCUCAUCGGGGCCGGAAUGUCUGGUUUGUGUGCACUGCAUCAUAUCCGGAAACGAUUUCCAAAUUGGCGGAUCAAGGUACUUGAGGCAGCCUCGGAUGUAGGUGGGACAUGGUUUUGGAACUGCUACCCCGGCGCACGCUUCGAUUCGGAGUCCGUAUCUUAUGCUUUCUCGUUCGACGAAAGUAUCCUCAACGGCUGGCAUUGGAAAGAAACCUUUUCGGCACAGCCAGAUACUUUGGAAUAUCUUCAGUUUGUAGCCGACAGGCUCGAUCUUCGCCGAGAUAUCCAAUUCAAUACACGUGUCGUAUCCGCAAGAUGGGAAGAUGACAGACGUCAAUGGCGGUUUACGGACGAUACUGGACGGUCCUAUACCACAAGGUUCUAUGUCUCCUGUCUUGGUUUUCUUUCCAAUCCAACGCUCCCCGCUAUUCCUGGCAUUGAGUCGUUCCAAGGCCGUGGAUUUCACACAUCGCAGUGGCCCAAAGAUUUGCGCCAAGAUGCUUUCGCAGGCCAACGCAUCGGUGUCUUAGGAACCGGCGCCACUGGUAUUCAAACCAUAACUGCCUUAUCCAAAGUACCAAACAUCAAGUCGUUGAAGGUCUUCCAGCGGACUGCAAACUGGUCUGCGCCACUUCAUAAUCGUGAUAUUCCCAAAGAAGAGAUGGCAGAUAUACGGAGGAAGUGGCCCGAGAUCUUUCAAACGUGUGCGGAUACACCGACCUGCUUCAUGCACAAAGCCGAUCCCCGCAAGUCGAGCGAUGUAACCUCAGAGGAGCGUCGAGAACUAUGGGAAAGGAUUUACGCGACUCCAGGAAUGGCCAAAUGGCUCGGCGCCUUCAGCGAUACCUACACGGAUCGAACGGCAAAUCAACUAUACUCUAACUUUAUGGCGGAAAAGAUCAGAUCCCGUGUUGACGAUCCCGACAUCGCCGAAAGCUUGAUUCCAAAAGAUCACGGUUUUGGUCUUCGGCGAGUUCCCUUGGAGAGUGGGUAUUUUGAGGCCUAUAACCAGCCUAAUGUCCACUUGGUUGACCUAAAGAAAAGUCCCAUCGACGAGGUUACGACGAACGGCAUUCGACUCCGAGAUGGGACAGAGCAUGAGCUAGACAUAUUAGUCUAUGCUACCGGGUUCAACGCUAUCACUGGAGCUUUUGCAAAUAUCGAUUGGAUUGGGAAGCACGGUAUCCCUCUUAUGGGAAUCAGUGAUUCAAAGAAGGGACCCGGGGAGGAAGCGGUUUGGGUUGAUUAUCGACCACGAACGUACCUUGGCCUAACAGUCCCCAAGUUUCCUAACAUGUUUAUGGUCUUAGGUCCUCAUCAGCCAUUUGGUAACGCACCGCGUAGCAUUGAACAUGCCGUUCAAGUUAUUGUGGAAAUUUUGGCUACUUGCGAAGCCAAAGGCUAUACGUACGUGGAGCCAAAAGAAGAAGCAGUCGAUGCUUGGACCGAGCAUGUGGCCGACUGUAGCGAGGGUGCGUUGUUGAAUGAGGUUGAUAGCUGGAUGACAGGAGUGAAUAAAAAUGUUACAGGAAAAACAGUGAGGAAUGUGGCCCGGUAUGCUGGUAGCGCCAUUGAAUUCAGAAGGAGAUGUGAAUUGAGUAGAGCGGCAGGGUGGGACGGGCUGAAUUUUGCUGGAGGGGUGUCCAUGUCGAAGCUUUAA